GUGUUUUGUGUGUAAAGCAUAUACCGGUAUAUGUUACAUUAUAUGGUACCUAGCAUCUUUAUGGGGUUGUUACCUGUAGCAAGACGACUCGAAAUAUACAGCAGUAAUAAAUUCUAUCACAUGCUUUUACCACUGUUUACCAAGGCUUAGCCAAAAUCUCACUCUUUUCAUUAAGCUUUCCUCCAUAGUGUCAGACAAUGUACAAUAUCUUUAAUGUUAUUGAAUUUAAACAUAUGUGCUAUCAUUCAGAGCUUUCCACACUCUCUACUUUCCUGCCUCAACCCACCCCCCUUUCAUUCAGGGCUGUCCAGGAUGUCCAAUCGGAUUUAGGAACCUCCCACCAAAGGAGUGCGCUCAGUCUCAGGGAGCCCCCAGGUUUUCAUUUGCAUCAGACAUUCCGGCUCUCCUUCACUUUACUCUGCUUAGCAUUAUUUGCAGGUUCACGUCACCGCACCCGGCUUUGUAAAACAGCUGCUGUUGGAGAUUCAUGGAGCAUCACUGAAGUUCCUUCAGUCCAAAACCGAACCGCUGACAUGGACGUGGACAGCAUCAAGAGGAAAGAGUCGCAGAAUGGCCACAGUGGCCAAAUGCAAGAUGACCAGAAACCUAAAGCCACUGUUCUUCAAAAAAAUGUUGGUCUGCUGAGUGGCAUCUCUCUGAUUGUGGGGACGAUGAUUGGCUCCGGCAUCUUCAUUUCCCCCAAAUCUGUUCUGCUGUACUCCGGAGCUGUGGGUCCCUGUCUUCUCAUCUGGACUGCCUGUGGCGUGUUAUCCACUUUGGGAGCACUGUGCUAUGCUGAGCUUGGCACCAUGAUCACCAAAUCAGGGGGGGAGUACCCGUAUCUAAUGGAGGCCUUUGGCCCCGUGGUAGCCUACCUUUACUCCUGGACCACUGUGAUGGUGCUGAAACCCUCCUCCUUCGCUAUCAUCACACUGAGCUUUGCAGAAUAUGCCGCUACUCCUUUCUACCCUGGCUGCACUCCUCCUGCUAUUGUUAUCAAAUGUCUGGCAGCGGCGGCUAUAUUGGUAAUCACAAUUGUGAACUGCUUAAGUGUCAAGCUGGCAAGCUACGUGCAAAACUUCUUUACUGUAGCCAAACUUCUCAUCAUUCUCAUCAUCGUGGUGGCUGGCAUCGUUUUGUUGGCACAAGGAAAUAACGAGACUUUGACAAAUACCUUUGAUAACGCGGCACCGUCUUUUGGAGCAAUUGGACUUGCUUUUUACAACGGGCUUUGGGCCUAUGAUGGAUGGAAUCAACUAAAUUUCAUCACAGAGGAGCUGAAAAACCCAUACAGGAAUUUGCCACUGGCCAUCAUCAUUGGGAUUCCUUUGGUUACUGUGUGCUACGUGUUGGUGAACGUUUCUUACUUCACUGUCAUGACCACCACUGAGCUGCUGUUGUCUCCAGCUGUUGCCGUGACCUUUGGAGACAGAGUUCUUUACCCUGUGUCUUGGAUCAUUCCACUAUUUGUUGUCUUCUCAACAUUUGGCUCUGCCAAUGGAAGCUGCUUCACUGCUGGCAGAUUGGCCUACGUAGCUGGCCGAGAGGGCCACUUGGUGAAGAUCUUAUCCUUUAUCAGUCUGAAGCGUUUCACUCCUUCACCUGCUCUUCUUUUCAAUGGCAUUUUGGCCAUUUUUUACAUCAUGCCAGCAGACAUCAACACCCUGAUUAACUAUUUCAGCUUCGCUCAGUGGGCGUUCUAUGGUCUGACCGCUCUGGGCCUCAUAGUCAUGCGCUUCACAAGGAAGGAAUUGCACAGACCAGUAAAGGUGCCCAUUGUCUUAGCGGGCAUAAUGGUCAUUGUGUCCUGCUACCUCGUCUUGGCUCCAAUCAUUGAUAAGCCAGAACUGGAGUACCUCUACUGUACUAUCUUCAUCUUCAGUGGACUCCUCCUUUACUACCCCUUCGUCCAUGCGAAAGUCAACUGGGCACGGAACAUAAUGAGGCCCAUCACCAUCCAUCUCCAGCUGUUAAUGGAAGUCGUUCCUCCUGAGAAAAUUGACUGAGAAUAGACAACCAGGUUUGCUUUUUCUCCGCUUUCCUUUGUUUGCUGAGUGGCAAAAGUUGUCCUGCCUGCUUUUGAAAACAGUGGGAUGGCCAUGAGAUACUCAGAGAGGGUCAGGGUCAACAAUCAGAGCUCUUUCCUGCUGAAAAGGUGCACGACAAAAAUAAAAGUGCUUGUACUAUGAACCUAUGUGGUAAGAUGAUAUCAGAAAUUGUGUUUCCUAAGGCUAUAUGUUGGUGGGACAUGGUAUAUAUUUACAUAAAUUACAAUCCAUGAAAGCUAAAAUGUACUUGUUUACUUUAAGCUAUUACUAGCACUUACAUUAAGCAAUAACUUCAUAUAUAAAAUAACCUUGUGUAAUCAGAGUGCAGAACAAGUUUUAUUUGGCCAAAGAUCACUUCAUGGAGAGCUGCUAAAGGAUUUAUAUGUGUAUGCAUGAAUCUGCACUGCUUCACUGGAGCAAAGGGAAAUGGUAAAAACUUUAAAUGCAUUAAGGAAAGAAGCAGAUCUUGCAACACGACGUAGAAAUGUUUUUGUUUUUUUUUUAUUAUUAUUUAGAUUUUUUUUUUUUUGCUCCUGUUUCUGAUUACUGGUAAAAAGACAAUUAUUCUUUAAUCUUUAGUGACAUCUUUGCAUUGUUUUUAACCUUGUUUACUUCCCCUGAGUCAUGAUAUAAAGAUGCUGUAUUGUGUAACCUGGUGUUCAUUAAGUUUGUGGAGUAUGAAGUGGUCAUAUAAAAUAAACAGUUUGUGAUUCCAACAAU